CACCAACCAACUGAAUCGGCCUUCCCCUCUCCAUGUGUCAUUCUCCCAAAAUACACAUCUUGACAACGGCCGUUGAUUGAACACUACAGAAUUCCGACACUGAUUCUUCUUUUUGAUAUCAGUUCAUCAGUCCACAAUGUCGGCCAAUUACACCCUCACGGACCUUCUGCCGCUCCCCAACUCCCCCAUCAAAGUACCCCGCCUCGGGUUCGGCGUCUAUCGGUCACCUUCCACACAAACCGUGCAGUCAUGCUUGAAAGCCCUUGAAAUAGGUUACAGGCACAUCGAUACCGCCCAGUUCUACGCAAACGAGAAGGAAGUUGGCGACGCCAUCCGUUCGUCUGGCCUGCCCCGCAGCGAAAUUUUUGUGACCACCAAAAUCCUCAGCCCAGCAGGUUCGCCUGAAGCAACCUACGAGAGACUAGUGGCUAGCGUUGACAAGAUCGGGGGAAAGGACGGAUAUGUUGAUCUAUUCUUGAUCCAUAGCUCCAAGUCCGGCUCGCCGGGUCGCAAAGAACUAUGGCAGGCCCUAGAGAGGCUGCUGGAGGAAGGCAGAACUAAGAGCAUUGGUGUCAGCAACUUUGGAGUGAAACACAUCGAAGAGAUGAAGGCGUAUGCGAAGGUCUGGCCACCGCAUGUGAAUCAGAUCGAGCUCCAUCCCUGGUGCCAACAACGCGUGGUCGAUGCAUACUGCAAGAAGAACAAAAUCAUCGUCGAAUCCUAUUCCCCCAUUGUGCGAAACUACAAAGCGAAUGACCCUACACUCGUGGAUUUGGCCGAGAAGUAUAACAAGACGACCCAGCAGGUCCUGAUACGCUACGCCUUGCAGAAAGAAUGGGUUCCGCUUCCCAAGACUGACAAUGCGGACCGGAUUGCGGCUAACGCCAACGUGUUUGAUUUCGAUAUCAGCGAGGAGGACAUGGCGGUGCUUAACGCUCUGGACCAGGGAAGCAGUGGCGCCAUUGUCGAGGCGGUGGAGAACGAGUAGCUCGUCGCGAUGCGAUUUAAUAGAUUAGAUUAAUUGAGUUUGCAGGAUCAUGCUGGCGUCUAUUAGAUCAGUAAUCUGGGCGUUGCAUAAGGAAGGCGUUGAUCGAUUGCAGUGUAGACCGUGAGGGAUUUACAUCGUGCUUGGACGAUGUGAUCCAGGCAAGACGCUGACGAAUGAACUGCUUGCCA